AUGUGUUCGGUCGCCUUUGCCAGAUUCUGGCAAACCGAUCUCACACGCGAGUGUUUCAUGUCCUUCCUCCCCAAGGAUGACCUUCGAUGUCUACGCCUUGCUUGCAAGGAAUUCGCGGCAGAUGCCGCGCCAAUUCUGUUCAGACGGCUCGAGGUCCAUUUCACCACCAACACAUUCUCACGCCGAUCGCGCAUGUCUGCAUUGGAACGAAUUGGACACCAUGUACAGGCCUUGUCCUUUGUGAUGCCGCACCAUUCUCGGACCUUUCUUCCGCCGUUACUUGUUCCAGGUACUUUGAAUGAAGUGACCUUCUUGUACGAACCACACAUCAACACGUCAAGGCCAACGUCGUCUGGGAGCUCAGCCACGUCAAGCUCGACAUCUUCCAAGUAUGGGUCGCCAGAAAUGAAUGACUUACUGGUCAAACAAUAUCCUCCAUUGUUCCACGCUGCGACUGAUGUGGAUUCCUUCUUUCGAGCAUUUUGCGCCCUUCCCAAACUGAGAAGUUUGCAGAUUUCCUGCCCAGAUCAACCAGCAGGACAGAGAUACCGAAGGAAUGUUGUUGACUAUGCGCUGAUAUCGUUGCGCCUUGCAAUUGAAACGGCGAACCCUCCUUACCUGGAAGCGUUGACACUGGCGCCCAUACAUCCAGCAGCGAUCCUUCACUUGCGCCCACACCUCACCAUCGGCUCGACGCCGGCAUCUUCUCGACUUUGGUUGCGUAUCAAGAAGCUCGAUAUCGAGAUGGACAGCUUCGAGUAUGGUCGAGACCAGCCAUCAGAUCACCUCAAGAUCCUCCACGGCUACUUACAGGCUUUGCGGUCUCUCGAAGAUCUCAGGUUCCACUGGAUUGGCAGCCAGGGGCCUUGCCCGAUUGCCCUUCAUAUGGAACCUUGCACGUCGCGUCCGACCUCGUUGCUCUCUUCCAAUUCCUGCCCCAACUCGAGCACAAAGUCCUCUUUUCGCCCUCUCAAAUUUCGACAUCUGAAGACUAUGUUUCUAAGCAAUGCGAGUCUAGAUGCAAGCCAGGCAUCCGGUUUCAUCAUGUCGCAUCGCAAAGUCCUGCACGAAUUCCAAUUCGACCGCUGCCAUCUUAGGUCCGGGACAUGGGAUGAUGCCUUAGCUCCCCUGACCCGUAUCAUUGGGAACGACAGCUGGAAGGGUAAGCAGGAAGAAGUCAUGGAAGUUCCGCUCGUUUUGAGUCCACUCGAGGAGAAAACGGAAAUCGAGUGCGUACAGGAGCCCAUGUGGGAGGAUGCCCUGCGCAGAAGUCGAGGUUUUGAAGCACUCCGAAAAGUCGGGUUAAGGACAAGAGAAAUGGUGCCAGAGCAGGUGAAGCGACUUCUAAGGACAGCAAGGGUAGCAUGGCAUUGA